AUGGCCCUCGCUCAGCGCAGCCUCGCGGCCAAGACCGCCAGCCGGCCCUCUCUGAAGGUGGCGGCCACCUCCCGCCGGUCGGUGGUGGUGCGCGCUGACGGCGGCUUCAUCGGCUCCACCACCAACAUCAUCAUGGUGGCCUCCACCGGCCUCACCCUGGCCGCCGGCCGCUUCGGCCUGGCGCCCACCGUGAAGCAGGGCACCACCGCGGGCCUCAAGCUGGUGAACCGCGGCAACUCCGCCGGCAUCAUCAGCAACGACCCCGCGGGCUUCACCGUUGUGGACACCCUGGCGCUCGGCGCCCUGGGCCACGUGCUCGGCGUGGGCAUCACCCUGGGCCUGCGCGCCACCGGCAACAUCUAG